CCUUCCGCCUCACUCAGCGGCGCCACUGAGAGGGAGGGGCGCCGGCCAUGGAGCGCACAGCAGGCAAAGAGCUGGCCCUGGCACCGCUGCAGGACUGGGGUGAAGAGACCGAGGACGGCGCGGUGUACAGUGUCUCCCUGCGGCGGCAACGCAGUCAGCGCAGGAGCCCGGCGGAGGGCCCCGGGGGCAGCCAGGCCCCCAGCCCCAUUGCCAAUACCUUCCUCCACUAUCGAACCAGCAAGGUGAGGGUGCUGAGGGCAGCACGCCUGGAGCGGCUGGUGGGAGAGUUGGUGUCUGGAGACCGUGAGCAGGACCCCAGCUUCAUGCCCGCCUUCCUGGCCACCUACCGGACCUUUGUACCCACUGCCCGCCUGCUGGGCUUUCUGCUGCCACCAGUGCCGCCGCCCCCACCUACCGGGGUAGAGAUCAAGAAGACAGCGGUACAAGAUCUGAGCUUCAACAAGAACCUGAGGGCUGUGGUGUCAGUGCUGGGCUCCUGGCUGCAGGACCACCCUCAGGAUUUCCGAGACCCCCCUGCCCACUCGGACCUGGGCAGUGUCCGAACCUUUCUGGGCUGGGCGGCCCCAGGGAGUGCUGAGGCUCAAAAAGCAGAGAAGCUUCUGGAAGAUUUUUUGGAGGAGGCUGAGCGAGAGCAGGAAGAGGAGCCGCCUCAGGUGUGGACAGGACCUCCCAGAGUUGCCCAAACUUCUGACCUACACUCUUCAGAGGCCUGCGCGGAGGAAGAGGAAGGGCUCAUGCCUCAAGGUCCCCAGCUCCUGGACUUCAGCGUGGACGAGGUGGCCGAGCAGCUGACCCUCAUGGACUUGGAGCUCUUCUCCAAGGUGAGGCCCUACGAGUGCUUGGGCUCCGUGUGGUCGCAGAGGGACCGGCCGGGGGCUGCAGGCGCCUCCCCCACUGUGCGCGCCACCGUGGCCCAGUUCAACACAGUGACCGGCUGUGUGCUGGGUUCCGUGCUCGGAGCACCGGGCUUGGCCGCCCCGCAGAGGGCGCAGCGGCUGGAGAAGUGGAUCCGCAUCGCCCAGCGCUGCCGAGAACUGCGGAACUUCUCCUCCUUGCGCGCCAUCCUGUCCGCCCUGCAAUCUAACCCCAUCUACCGGCUCAAGCGCAGCUGGGGGGCCGUGAGCCGAGAACCGCUAUCUACUUUCAGGAAACUUUCGCAGAUUUUCUCCGAUGAGAACAACCACCUCAGCAGCAGAGAGAUUCUUUUCCAGGAGGAGGCCACUGAGGGAUCCCAAGAAGAGGACAACACCCCAGGCAGCCUGCCCCCAAAACCACCCCCAGGCCCUGUCCCCUACCUUGGCACCUUCCUUACGGACCUGGUUAUGCUGGACACAGCCCUGCCGGAUGUGUUGGAGGGGGAUCUCAUUAACUUUGAGAAGAGGAGGAAGGAGUGGGAAAUCCUGGCCCGCAUCCAGCAGCUGCAGAGGCGCUGUCAGAGCUACACCCUGAGCCCCCACCCGCCUAUCCUGGCUGCCCUGCAUGCCCAGCACCAGCUCACCGAGGAGCAGAGCUACCGGCUCUCCUGGGUCAUUGAGCCACCAGCUGCCUCCUGCCCCAGCUCCCCACGCAUCCGACGGCGGAUCAGCCUCACCAAGCGUCUCAGUGCGAAGCUUUCCCGAGAGAAAAGCUCAUCACCUAGUGGGAGUCCUGGGGACCCCUCAUCCCCCACCUCCAGCCUCUGCAUCUCCCCCAGUGUGUCCCCAGGGUCACCCCCGUCAAGUCCUAGAAGCAGAGAUGCUCCUGCUGGCAGUCCCCCAGCCUCUCCAGGGCCCCAGGGCCCCAGCACCAAGCUGCCCCUGAGCCUGGACCUGCCCAGCCCCCGGCCCUUCGCUUUGCCUCUGGGCAGCCCUGGAAUCCCCCUCCCGGCACAGCAGAACUCGGAGGCCCGUGUCAUCCGCGUCAGCAUCGACAAUGACCACGGGAACCUGUAUCGAAGCAUCUUGCUGACCAGUCAGGACAAAGCCCCCAGCGUGGUCCGGCGAGCCUUGCAGAAGCACAAUGUGCCCCAGCCUUGGGCCCGUGACUAUCAGCUCUUUCAAGUCCUUCCUGGGGACCGGGAUGGAGUCUCGCGCUGUUGCCCAGGCUGGAGUGCAAUGGCAGGAUCUCGGCUCACCGCAACAUCCACCUCCUGGGUUCAAGAGAUUCUCCUGCCUCAGCCUUCCGAGUAGCUGGGAUUACAGGCAUGUGCCACCAUGCCUAGCUCAUUUUUUUGGUAUUUUUAGUAGAGACGGGGUUUCACCAUGUUGGCCAGACUGGUCUCGAAUUCCUGACCUCAAGUGAUCCACCCACUUCGGCCUCCCAAAGCGCUGGGAUUACAGGCAUGAGGCAUCACGCCCGGCCAGUUUGCUCAAACUUUUACUGCAGGUUGCCUUGUCUCUAAGGUGAGGGGGAGAAUAUUAGGAGGUUGCCCAGGCUUAUGAUAAGGGAAGGCAUGAGGUGGUACAAGUUUUCAAGUGAGAAGUCGUCCAGGUUCCCAAUGGCAGCAGAAUGAGCUUGGCUUGGCAGUAGCUGCAGAGGGACCCAUGGCUGUUCAGGUUCACGGGUGAGUGGCAGGAGGCUCCCGGGUCCUCUGUGGGGGUGACACAAGGUUGUGAGGGCCUAUUACCACCAUCUCCACUCCUGACCAGUGCUCCUGAUUCCUGACAAUGCCAACGUCUUCUAUGCCAUGAGUCCAGUCGCCCCCGGAGACUUCAUGCUGCGGCGGAAAGAGGGGACCCGG